AUCUUUUAGUGCCUCCUCUCUACCCCUCCCUCUCUUAGUUUCUCCCUCCUUCCCUCUUCCGUCCUCCCUCCUCCCUUAUUCUGUCUUAAACCCACACCCUUGUGCAGACCUAGAUGUGCAGACGCCCGAAGACACUCGCAGCCUUGUCUACCUCCAUCUCUUUCCAUCCCUGCCCCGGCAGAUUAGAGCACACUACUGUGUGUAACAAAGCAACAAUGUCUGACAAACCUGACCUGACAGAGAUCGCCUGUUUCGACAAGACCAAACUGAAGAAGACUGAGACGAAAGAGAAGAACCCCCUGCCUACCAAAGAGACCAUUGAACAGGAAAGGAAAGGGGAUGCCACGCCUUGAUGUGACUUGGUGAAGAAGAGGAGAAGAGGAGGAGAGGGAAACAGGAGAGGAGACAGAGAUGCCACCAACAAAAUCACUUUGUUUUGUCUCUCUGUCAGUAUUCUACUUUAAGUCACGUUGUGUUGUAUAACAGGGUGCUGUAGGGCCCCAGGAGAUGCAGUAGUGGAGGAGGGUACAUGGGGUGUAUUCCAAAUGGCACCUUAUUCCCUAUAUAGUGCAAUACUUUUGACCUGGUCCACUAUAUAGGGAAUAUGGUGCCAUUUGAGACACAGCAUGCCAUCUUCACAGGGCUCUAUCUUUCAUUAGGAGAAUAGAGUUGUAACAUGGAUGCCAGGAUGGUUCUGUUUUAAAUAACAAGUAUUGGGCCAGAAACCCUCUACCCUCUAGCCUUUACUCCUUUACUCCCUAGCCUCUAAACCCUAUCCUUUACUCCUUUACUCCCUAGCCUCUACACCCUAGCCUUUACUCCUUUACUCCCUAGCCUCUACACCCUAGCCUUUACUCCUUUACUCCCUAGCCUCUACACCCUAGCCUGUACUCUUUUACUUCCUAGCCUCUACACCCUAGCCUUUACUCUUUUACUCCCUAGCCCCUACACCCUAGCCUUUACUCCUUUACUCCAUAGCCCCUACACCCUAGCCUCUAACCCCCUUACUCCCUAGCCCCUACACCCUAGCCUUUACUCCCUUACUCCCUAGCCUCUAACCCCCUUACUCUCUAGCCCCUACACCCUAGCCUUUACUCCUUUACUCCCUAGACUCUACACCCUAGCCUUUACUCCUUUACUCCCUAGCCUCUACACCCUAGCCUUUACUCCUUUACUCCCUAGCCUCUACACCCUAGCCUGUACUCUUUUACUUCCUAGCCUCUACACCCUAGCCUUUACUCUUUUACUCCCUAGCCCCUACACCCUAGCCUUUACUCCUUUACUCCAUAGCCCCUACACCCUAGCCUCUAACCCCCUUACUCCCUAGCCCCUACACCCUAGCCUUUACUCCCUUACUCCCUAGCCUCUAACCCCCUUACUCUCUAGCCCCUACACCCUAGCCUUUACUCCUUUACUCCCUAGACUCUACACCCUAGCCUUUACUCUUUUACUCCCUAGCCUCUACACCCUAGCCUUUACUCUUUUACUCCCUAGCCUCUACACCCUAGACUUUACUCUUUUACUCCCUAGCCCCUACACCCUAGCCUCUAACCCCCUUACUCCCUAGCCCCUACACCCUAGCCUUUACUCCUUUACUCCCUAGCCUCUACACCCUAGCCUUUACUCUUUUACUCCCUAGCCUCUACACCCUAGACUUUACUCUUUUACUCCCUAGCCCCUACACCCUAGCCUUUACUCCUUUACUCCCUAGCCUCUACACCCUAGCCUUUACUCCUUUACUCCCUAGCCUCUACACCCUAGCCUUUACUCCUUUACUCCCUAGCCUCUACACCCUAGCCUUUACUCCUUUACUCCCUAGCCUCUACACCCUAGCCUUUACUCCUUUACUCCCUAGCCUCUGCACCCUAGCCUUUACUCCCUUACUCCCUAGCCUCUAACCCUAGCCUUUACUCCUUUACUCCCUAGCCUCUACACCCUAGCCUUUACUCCUUUACUCCCUAGCCUCUACACCCUAGCCUUUACUCCUUUACUCCCUAGCCUCUGCACCCUAGCCUUUACUCCCUUACUCCCUAGCCUCUAACCCCCUUACUCCCUAGCCUCUACACCCUAGCCUUUACUCUUUUACUCCCUAGCCCCUACACCCUAGCCUUUACUCUUUUACUCCCUAGCCCCUACACCCUAUCCUUUACUCCUUUACUCCCUAGCCUCUACACCCUAGCCUUUACUCCUUUACUCCCUAGCCUCUACACCCUAGCCUUUACUCCUUUACUCCCUAGCCUCUACACCCUAGCCUGUACUCUUUUACUUCCUAGCCUCUACACCCUAGCCUUUACUCUUUUACUCCCUAGCCCCUACACCCUAGCCUUUACUCCUUUACUCCAUAGCCCCUACACCCUAGCCUCUAACCCCCUUACUCCCUAGCCCCUACACCCUAGCCUUUACUCCUUUACUCCCUAGCCUCUACACCCUAGCCUCUAACCCCCUUACUCCCUAGCCCCUACACCCUAGCCUCUAACCCCCUUACUCCCUAGCCCCUACACCCUAGCCUUUACUCCUUUACUCCCUAGCCUCUACACCCUAGCCUUUACUCCCUUACUCCCUAGCCUCUAACCCCCUUACUCCCUAGCCUCUACACCCUAGCCUUUACUCUUUUACUCCCUAGCCUCUGCACCCUAGCCUUUACUCCCUUACUCCCUAGCCUCUAACCCCCUUACUCCCUAGCCUCUACACCCUAGCCUUUACUCUUUUACUCCCUAGCCUCUACACCCUAGACUUUACUCCUUUACUCCCUAGCCCCUACACCCUAGCCUUUACUCCCUUACUCCCUAGCCCCUACACCCAUCCUUUACUCCCUUACUCCCUAGCCUCUAACCCCCUUACUCCCUAGCCCCUACACCCUAGCCUUUACUCACUUACUCCCUAGCCUCUAACCACCUUACGCCCUAGCUCCUACAUCCUAGCCUCUAACCACCCUACGCCCUAGCUCCUACAUCCUAGCCUCUAACCACCCUACGCCCUAGCUCCUACACCCUAGCCUCUAACCACCUUACUCCCCAGCCCUUAUUUCCUAAUGUACACCCAUCCAAACCACUCAGAAGUCCCACGGGUAGGGGCUAAGGGCUAGGGGUUUGUUUCUUAAUCAGUCAGUUUUGUUGUUGAACACCAAACCAAGUCAAGCAUCCAGGCUAAGAGAGGAAGGUGGGGGGAUUAUCGAGGUGUUUUCACACUUUAUACUUUUCUUUAUCAAAUAAAGACAAAAUGGUAUAAUACAAGACCACCGA